AUGGAAUUGACAAAUGGACAUCAUUAUGCCAUUGAGCAAUCAUUGUUGGGCUCAACACCAAUCUUUAAACAUAAGAGAAGAGGUGGAAUCAGCAGUGAAUCACCGGGUGAUCACUCGCCAGUGAUCACUGUUGCCAAGAAACAAGAGCAGACACAUAACAAACUGCAAAGAGCACUGGAGCGCAAUAUUCUCUUUAAACAUCUGGACAAUGAUGAGCGAAGUCUAGUCAUCGACGUCAUGUAUGAGCAAUCAUACGUUGCCAACGACAUUAUUAUACAUCAAGGUGACAAAGGUGACCAUUUCUACAUUGUCGAUCAUGGCCACUGUGAUAUUUACAUCAAGAAAGAUAACAAUCAACCUCCUGCCCACGUUAUGGAAGUAACUGCUGGCGGUAGCUUUGGAGAAUUGGCAUUAAUUUAUGGUAGUCCAAGAGCUGCCACUGUAGUUGCAAGGACAGAUGUAAAGUUAUGGGCAAUUGAUAGGAUAGCAUAUAGGACUAUACUUAAAGUCACUACAACAUACAAGAGAGAACUUUAUGAGAGGUUCUUGGAGAAUGUUUCUAUACUUAGUCCGCUGGAGAGACACGAGAGAGUCUGUCUGGCCGACGCUUUGGAACCUUGCAGCUUCAAACACGACGAGACCAUCGUCCGACAGGGAGAUCCAGGCGAGAUAUUCUAUAUUAUAGUGGAGGGCGAGGUGCGCGUCACGCAGAACGAUGAGCAGGGUGCCGAGAUCGAGGUGUCUCGACUGCGCGCUGGACAAUACUUUGGAGAGAUUGCACUGCUGACAAAGGACAGCAGUCGCGCGGCAACAGUCACCUCGGUCGGCGUCACCAAGUGCGUGGGCAUCGACCGACAGCGAUUCAAUCGUCUCCUUGGACCAUGUAUGCAUAUCCUUCAGAGGAAUAUGGACAUGUAUAACCAGCUCAUGCAUCUGAAUUAG